AUGCUUAGGAUUCCACGUGUUUCGUCUCGCUACGAUACAAUUACACUUGCAGCAGUCAGUCUUUUUAUUUUCUCAUGGUUUGCAGCCAUUUAUUUAGCAAAACCGGAAGAUUAUGUACCUGAUAUGUCAAGGGGACUUACUUUAAUAUUUGGUAUAGCAUUCAUUAUAAUGGCAUUAGUCUACUUAUUUGGAAUCAUUGGUUCAUUUUUUGAAAUUUCAAUUGCUGUUCGUGUUUUUUCUAACAUGUUAUGGGGUUUUGUCAUAGUCAAUAUAGUUAUUGCUAUAGUUGUCAUUGCUAAUAUAAUUCAGAAUAGACAGCAUGAGAUUGAUAACUGUAUCGAAGAUUUAAGUACGUCACUAGAAAGUGAUAUGACAUUUUGUACACAUUACAAGACCAUGAUUAUUAUACGAAACGUCGUUGUAGAAAUACUAUUAAUACUAUUUAGUGUACUUAUCGCUAGAGUUUCAUCUGUUUAUGCACGACAACUUAAACGAAUAAUACCAACAACUAGCCUUAAUCCGCAUACUAAUUCUUAA